AUGGCACCUACUAUUCACCCAUUCGACGGAGUCAGGGACUACGAGGUCAGAUUAGCUUCCAAGUUGGUCAAGGACGCUCACCCAGCCGAUGCCAAUGUUCACUUUGUCCAGAUCGAUAGAUUGGACCCUCCAAAGGCUGACAUGAUCAAAUAUUUGGAGGCAGAGAAAUAUGGAGGUCCUCUUCCACCAAUCUCUAGAGUGUUGUACUGUUACUACUACACUAACACUUUGGACUUUAACAAGGCCCUUGUUAACGUCACGGUUGGCCAUGUGAUCACCAAGACCCAGUUGCCAAAGGGUGUGGUUGGUCCAUUCUUGCCAGAGGAUGUUUUGGACUGGGAGGACAACUGUACCCAGCACCCAGUUGUCUUGGCUGAGAUUGAGAAGUUGAAGUUGCCUCAAGGCUACUCGGUCAGAUGUGACCCAUGGAUCUAUGCCACUGACGAUGCAAAUGAAAAGAGACCAUUGGUUCAAUUCUUCAUGUACGUGUUGGCCAACAACGGCCACGCUGAGUCCAACCACUACUCUUUGCCAUUGAAGUUCUCGCCAGUGUUCGAGGCUUUCACCAAGAAGUUCAUCAGAAUCGACUUCUUGCCUGGUGGAUUCGAUGCCACCACCACCCCAACCCAACCAUGGCAGGUUGUUCCUGGUGUGGAGUACCACCCAGACUUGAACGGCGAGACCAUUAUGAGACAGCCUAAGCCUUUGUUGGUUGUGCAGCCUGAGGGUCCAUCCUACUCCAUGGACGGUUCCAAGAUUGACUGGCAGGGAUGGCAGUUCAGAGUGGCUCCAACCGCCAGAGAGGGUUUCGCUGUGUACGACGGUUGGUUCAAGGGCAGACAAGUGUUCUACAGAAUCUCUUUGUCUGAAAUGACUGUUCCAUACGGUGAUCCAAGAGCCCCAUACCACAGAAAGCAGGCUUUCGACUUGGGUGAUUGUGGUUUCGGUGUUAACGGUAACUCUUUGCGUCUCGGAUGCGACUGUCUCGGUGUCAUCAAGUACUUGGACGGUGUUGGAAUCAACUCCAAGGGUGAGCCAUUUGUUCAGCCCUCUACUGUCUGCUUGCACGAGCAGGACAAUGGUAUUUUGUACAAGCACAUGAAUUACAGAACUGAGAAUGCUGUUGUUGCCAGAAAACGUGAGUUUGUUGUUCAGACCAUUGCUACUGUUGCCAACUACGAGUACGCUGUCAACUUGAAGUUUGUCAACGACGGUUCCAUCGACAUUGAAGUCAGAGCCACCGGUAUUUUGUCCACCAUGCCAAUUGACGAAAACGUCAAGGUUCCUUGGGGAAGCAUUGUUGGUCCAAACGUCAUGGCCGCAUACCACCAGCACAUCUUGUCGUUCAGAAUCGACCCUGCUGUUGAUGGUCACAAGAACACCGUCUGUUACGACGAUGUUGUCAAGUUGCCUCGUGAUGAAUUCAAUCCAUACGGUGUCGGUUUCGUCACCGAGAGAACUUUCGUCGAAAAGGCUGGUUCCGUUGAGCAAUCUCCAUUCACCAACAGAACCUACAAGAUCAUCAACGAGAACGUUGUCAACCCUAUCUCUAAGAGCAAUGUUGGUUACAAGAUUAUGAUGCCAGCCAGACAGAUGAUCUUGGCUGACGAGGAGUCUUUCAACGCCAAGAGAGCAGCUUUUGCUACCAAGCAGAUCUGGGUCACCAAGUACAGAGACCACCAGUUGUUUGCUGCCGGUGAGUUCACUAACCAGUCCCAGAUCGACACUGGUGUUGGUGAGUGGGUCAAGGGUGAGGACCCAGUCAGAAACGAUGACUGUGUUGUCUGGGCCACUUUGGGUUUCACUCACAUCCCAAGAGUCGAGGACUUCCCAGUUAUGCCAGUUGAAACUCACAACAUCCACCUUGUGCCAUUCAACUUCUUUGACAGAAACCCAGCUUUGGACCUUCCACAGGCCAACAACAACUUCAACAAGUCUGUCUUGGCUGACGUUGGUGUUUCUGCCAACAAGGCUUGCUGCAAGACUAACUUGUAG